UGCUACUUGACACUGUUGGGAAAAGCACCGUGGCUGAAAACUUGGGGAAAAAUGGAAAAAGUAGCAGGCGUAAAGUCUCUAUCCGUGCAUCCGCUGGCGAGAUAAGGAACAACAGUAACCUGCAUGUUUUCUCCCUGAAGUGGUUUUCCAACUGACAAUGGUGUCGAAGGAGGAAAAAACGCAGAUUUUCUCUCAAUUCCAUUGAAAGUAUAUUUACCCAUGGAAUAAGGAGCAAGUCGGGAGUCAUGAGCACAGGUGUGAAGAAGCCUCCAUUAGCUCCCAAACCUAAACUCCCUGCUACCGCCAAACCCUCUCCCCCACCCGUCGCCCCCAAACCUGGUCUUCUUUCCCAGCCUUCGGUCAUCUCCCAACCUUCCCCUGCUACUCUCAAAAGGACAAAACCGGCUGUUGCCCCCAAACCAUGCAUUCCCAAAUCCACAGCCUCGUCUCCCCCUGUUUCACCCCCGCCACCGAAACCCAAUGAACACCUUAUCCUAUCUCAGGAACAGGAGGAGGCUUUAGGCGAUAGCCUCUCACUUCUAAACUCCAAAAAUGGGAUUUUAUCAGAGACUAACAAACGUGAAUCGGAAUACAUAAUUCCCACCUGCUCCUGUGGGCAUGAGGACUGUUCCCAGUGCCAGCGUCUGGAAAACGGCAGUACAACUGAGAUUGGGAGCGAUUUGCACAAAGAGCUGUUGCAGAAUGGGAUUUCUACAGCAGAAAACCAGGAGGAGGGAGUAGCUGUAAAGAAGGGUGAAGGUGGAGGCAAAAAGCCCAGGGAUAAACCUCAAAGACAGAGACACCUGGAUAGGGUAUCGGUAAACAAAGAGGCACCAAGGGCUGAGGAGCCGAAGGAAGAUUCAGAGACUGUAAAACAUCAGGAAAGUGCUGCUGCUGAGCCUGAUGUCUCAAAAGCGGAUGUACAGACUGAGGCCCAAAACACAGAUUUAACAGACUCUAAGUUUGCCUGUGAUGUUGCAGGCAGCAUCCUUGUCUCCCCAAGUAUCACUCCUCAUGAGUCUUCUGCAGAAUCCUUUCAGGUAGAAUGCAGUGAGGCUAUCAGCAAAGCAUCUCCUACCAGGUUACACCCUGAUCUGCAGGUCCCUGCUGCCCCCAGUAAGCCUCUCCCGGUCCCUCACCCACGUAAACUUAAAAAGCCAGCCCUGGUGAGGCAGGAUGGCGUGGAGGGCAGUUCCCAGGAUCAGGUGGCGGAGGAACACAAACAGGGGCUUGAGAUGCGAGAGGCUGAGGGGAAACUGAGUCUAGCUGGUCUGUCUCUCAGUUCAGAGGGCGAGGACCUCAAACAGGACACAUGUGAUGACCCUUUACCCCAAAAAGACUUUGAAGGUUUGGGAGAUGAUGAGACCAAUGCGCCUGUCCCCCCUCCUCGACAGACCUCCCUCUCGCCUCGCCUUCACAGAACAGUCCACAUGCCCUCCUCUCUUAACAAAAACACCUCCCACUCCUUAGUCCUGCUCUCACAACCUGACUCAAUGAGCCACAAAAAAGAGGGCGAACAGCACCGGGUGGAGGAGGAUGAAGAGGACGGGUACGGCGACUUUGAGCGCUACCCGAUCACUCAUAGCCUCCCCAAACAGAUCAAACUCGGCUGUCACCCUCCUCUAGCUAACGUGAGGAAAGCCUUUUCCGCCGAGGAUCAGCAGUCACCGAGGGCGCCGCCCAGAAAACCUCAGAGACACAGCCUGCCAGCACCCCCUCCACCCUCCAUCUGCCCUCCUGCACCUCCACAUGCUAACACCCCCAUGAGGGAGCUGCCUGCGCCUCCUCAGGAGAAAACUGCCUGGCGCUUCACCCGACCCUGCGUGACCUUCUUCAGCCGGCAGAUGCCCACCAGGAGCAGCGUGCCGCCAAAGAGCCGAGCCCCAACACUGGGGGGCAAGCAGAGGGCGCAGUCCUUCUCUGCAGCUGACCUGGCAACCCGGGCCGACUCUCAAAAGAGGAGCCUCUCUUUCCGGAAGCUGCUGGAGCUCAGGCUGUCUGUCAAGAUGCUGCCAAAGCUGCUGGCCAAGGGAGGCCAGUCCCUGGACUGUACCAGCGUGGAGUCAAACCAGGGGGAGAAAAGCCUGGAGCGGCCCAAGAGCUGCAUAGGGGAGGCAGAUAUUUGCGGAGAAGGUGGAGAGGAAUCAGUAGAGUAUGAGAACGUUCCUCUGUAUGAGGAGAUCCCCGAAUACAUGAACCUGCCGUUUCACAGUGCGAGGCUGGGCUGGCCACAUGAUGAUGCAGCUGAUUCAGACAUCUAUGAAGUGCAGGAUCCCUAUCACAGAUACCAGGACCAUGAGUACGAGAGUGGCUGGCUGAGCCAGGACGUCCACUCUGAGGAGGAGGAGAUCCACAGCUCAGACGAAGAGGACAACAGCUCCACCUCCAGCAAGGAGCACCUAGACGUGGCAGACCGACAGCAAGAAGAUGAGAUGAAGAGGAAGAAGGUGGUGCACAUCGCCCAGGAGAUUAUGAGCUCCGAGAAAGUGUUUGUGGAUGUCCUGAAACUUCUUCACAUAGACUUUCGGGAUGCUGUUGCCAAGGCAACCCGUCAGAAUGGGAAGCCGGUGGUGGAUGAGCGGAUCCUCAGCCAGAUCCUGUAUUACCUGCCGCAACUCUACCAGCUCAACAGAGACCUGCUGAGGGAGCUGGAGGACAGAGUGGCACACUGGAGCGAUCACCAGAGACUGUCGGACAUCUUUGUCCAGAAGGGUCCUUACCUGAAGAUGUACUCCACCUACAUCCGCCAGUUUGACAACAACGUGGCUCUGUUAGACGAACAGUGCAGGAAAAACACAGCGUUUGCUGCUGUCGUCAGGGAGUUUGAGAUGAGUUCAAGAUGUGCCAGCCUGGCUCUGAAACACUACCUGCUGAAACCAGUGCAGAGAAUUCCUCAGUACCAGCUGCUGCUCACAGAUUAUCUGAAGAACCUCCCAGAGGACUCUGAGGAUUAUAAAGACACACAAGCUGCCCUCAGCAUCGUGAAAGAAGUGGCCAACCAUGCUAAUGAUAUUAUGAAACAAGGGGAUAACUUUCAGAAGCUGAUGCAGAUUCAGUACAGUCUCAAUGGUCACCAUGAGAUCGUUCAGCCGGGCAGGGUGUUUCUGAAGGAGGGUACUCUGAUGAAGCUGUCCAGGAAAGUCAUGCAGCCACGGAUGUUCUUUCUGUUCAAUGAUGCACUCAUGUACACCACUCCGGUCCAGUCUGGCCAGUAUAAACUCAACAGUGUCCUCUCUCUGGCUGGGAUGAAGGUGAGUAAACCCAGCCAGGAGGCCUAUCAGAACGAGCUGAACAUUGAAAGCGUUGAACGCUCUUUCAUCCUGUCUGCCAGCUCAGCUACAGAGAGAGACGAGUGGCUGGAGGCCAUCGCCAAGGCCAUAGACGACUACACAAAGAAGAAAAUAACCUUCAUAUCAAGUCGAAGUCAGGAGGAGGCGGAGUGUGUUGUUGACAGUGGAGCCCCGUUAGGUUCAAAGGCUCCCAUCUGGAUCCCAGACCUGAGGGCCACCAUGUGCAUGAUCUGUACCUGCGAGUUCACCCUCACCUGGAGGAGGCAUCACUGUCGCGCCUGUGGCAAGGUGGUGUGUCAGGCAUGCUCUGCCAAUAAGUACUACCUGGAGUACUUGAAGAACCAGCCAGCACGUGUGUGUGAUCACUGCUUUGCCAAGCUGCAGGAGAAUAGUGACCGCUGUGCCUCAACAUCAGUUUCCCCCAUCAAAUCUGGAGCUUUCUCCUUCACUAGAAAACAGAAGAAGAUUCCCGCCGCACUAAAAGAGGUUUCCGCCAACACUGAGAACUCCUCCAUGAGCGGCUACUUAAACAGGUCAAAAGGCAACAAGAAGCAGUGGAAGAGGCUGUGGUUUGUCAUUAAGAAUAAAGUCCUGUACACCUACGCUGCCAGUGAGGACGUUGCAGCGCUGGAGAGUCAGCCCUUGCUCGGUUUUUUCCUGAGGGAGGAGAAGAACGGGCCGGCUCAGAAGCUGCAGUUUAAGCUGUAUCACAAAAAUACGCUGUUUUACAUCUUUAAAGCUGACGACAUCCCCACCGCACAGAGAUGGAUCGAAGCCUUCCAAGAGGCAAUGAUUCUUGAACAGUAAUUUGGUUUUACAGCAGUGAAGUCGUAUCACAGCCCCCGGAGCCAGUUGAUAGACAACUUACGACCCCUGAUUGAUCUCAAGGGUCACCAGCUCAGGAAGGACUCCGGAUGGACUGUUUACUCUAAACAGAAACCCACUGCAAAGCGCCGCAUACUGUAUGUGGAAAACCAGACUGUUUUUCCCCACAAAGAACUGGAUUCUGUUUCUCUAAACAUAUUUUCUACCAACAGCAGCUACUGAUGCUCAGCAGUGCUGGCUGAGGUCACAGUUAAUAGUUUGUCGCAGCUGUGGGUCAAAGGUCAAGUCCAGAAGCAUGUGUGUGGAAGUGAGACAGAACAGUUGUCAGGAAUAUUUAAAGCCCUUGGAAAUCCUAGGAAGUCUGGGAAUGAUUUUUAACUAUAAACGGAGGGAAGGAAUUACUUCUGUGUAAAACAAAAUAUACAAAACUGUCAAUCUUCAUUCGAGCAUGUGGCGACACUUAGUCGUUUGAAACCUAGUGUCAUUUUGUUAAGGCAAAAUCUAAAGAAAGAUUAAAAAAAAAAAAACACACACACAUUAUAAAAUAUACCAAUCAUGGAUGCAAAGUAUUGCUUUGCAUCCAUGAGAGUUUAAUGAUGUAACAAGGUGGGAUUUUACUGUGAAAAUCCGACUUCUACAAAGAAACAGGAAGUUGAUGUUCUGCUCUUUUUGGUUGAUCUCUCUGGUUAAGAGAUUUUACUCUUUUAUUUUUAAAUUCAACUUACAAAACAUUUAAAUCAUGGGUUAAAAAACAUCCUGGAGAAAACUGGAAAUGUCAUGAAUAUUGUAGAUAUUUUUCAUACAAUUUUUGAAAUGUAUUUUUGCCUGUUUAGCCACAUUAGAAAUGGCUAAUGGGUAAAACUGUGUAUAUGGACAUGAAAGAGCAACAUUGACCUUUUUUUUUUAUAUCAAAGCCAAGAGCUAAUAUUUAUAAAAUGGGAAGAUUUAUUGUUUGAAAAGCACAGGCUGCCACUUAUUUUUGGAGUCAGGGUUUGUUAGGAAAUAUGUUUCCAUCAAAACCAUUAUUCUUUUAAAUUUAAAAGAGAACUGCUUACAGAAAAGGGGCUUUUUUUAUGAGCAAAUACUGUGGGAAGUAUGCAUGAACUAUAUUUCUAAGGAAAUGCUCAAAAGGAAGAAACAUUUUGAAUUUUGAAGCUUGUUUUUGUAGACAUUGUGCCUUAUAUCUCCUAUUUUGAGAUACAUUGCAAUAAUAUAGGUGCUUUGUUUUGAAAUUCUUCAAAUACAAAUUUAAGCAUCCAGUUUGCAUGACUACUCACUUUCUAGCCAGGGUACUCUGGGUUUGUAGUUUUUCAGGUCUGUUUCUUCUUGGUUAGGUUGCCAUAUGUUGCACUACCCCAUUAGGGCAAAUGAGUUGAUUUCACAGAUGGAGAAACCCAAAUCCUACUUUUUUAGUGAAGGUAUAAAACAGUUAAUACUGUCAUUAUAGCUCUUUGGCUGCUGUCGUCAUACAAUUUGAUGUAUACCUCGUUCAGAUUUGGGCUAGUGAGGUAUAAAAUUACAGCAGCCUGGUAUGAAAAUGCUAGUCAGGAGCUACCAAGCAUGCAUUUCUCUUCAUGAUUGUACAUUAACAGUGACCAUUUGUAAACAUCCACUCUAUCAGAGUUAGAGUCUCCUAUAAACAAUGAUUCUAAACUGUCAGGCAACAGUUUUUAAUAAAAUCUAUAUAAAUAUA